CCUUGUGAAGAAACAUACUUUACACUCUCCGAGUUGGUGCUUCGCUUUUCGUAUAUUAAAGGCGGGUGCGAAUUCUGCCAUGGAGAACCAGCUGCAUCAGAACAACCAGGUCUUCUAUGUGUCUCUUGAUGUCCACCCACAAGGUGGCUCCAAAUGCUUUGACGAUGACGGUCGUCUCAAGCGCACGGGGACGGUAUGGACGGCAAGUGCUCACAUAAUCACAGCGGUGAUCCGUUCCGGAGCCCUGUCCCUGGCUUGGGCCACUGCGCAGCUUGGCUGGAUUGCCGGCCCCACCGCCAUGUUUCUGUUCGCCUCUGUCACUUACUACACCUCCACCCUCCUCGCCACCAGUUACCGCUCCGGCAACCCCGUUACCGGCAAGCGCAACUACACAUACAUGGAUGCUGUCAGUGCCAAUCUCGGUGGGUUCAAAGUCAAACUUUGUGGGCUCGUUCAAUACGUGAACCUCUUUGGGGUUGCCAUUGGUUACACCACUGCAUCUUCCAUUAGCAUGUUGGCAAUCAAGAGGUCCAAUUGCUUCCACGAGAAAGGCGAGAAGAGCCUGUGCCACGCCAACAGCAAUCCCUACUUGAUUGCAUUCGGCAUCAUUGAAAUCAUCUUCUCUCAGAUCCCCAGUUUCGAUCAGCUGUGGUGGCUGUCCAUCGUCUCGGCCAUCAUGUCCUUUACCUACUCCACCAUUGGACUUGGCCUUGGUAUUGCCAAAGUUGCAGAGACAGGGAAAAUCAGGGGAAGUCUCACUGGAAUCAGCAUCGACACUGUGACCUCCACGCAGAAGCUAUGGAGGAGCUUCCAGGCUCUUGGUGACAUCGCCUUUGCCAAUUCAUACUCCCUCAUCCUCAUUGAAAUUCAGGACACGAUCCGGUCCCCUCCAUCCGAAUCACAGACAAUGAAGAAGGCAAGUCUAGUCAGCAUAGCCGUCCCAACCCUCUUCUACCUGCUGUGCGGGUGCAUGGGCUAUGCUGCCUUCGGCGACAUGCCGCCCGGAAACCUCCUCACCGGGUUCGGAUUCUACAACCCAUACUGGAUGGUCGACAUUGCCAACGCUGCAAUUGUGAUCCACCUCGUUGGCGCAUACCAAGUCUAUUGCCAACCCCUAUUCGCCUUUGUCGAGAAGACCGCAGUCAAAAAAUUCCCCAACAGCCAGUUCAUCACGAGGGAGAUCAAAAUCCCCAUCCCCGGGCUCAGCCCUUACAAGCUCAACCUCUUCCGGUUGGUCUGGAGGACGGCCUUCGUGAUCGCGACCACCGUGAUCUCCAUGCUCCUCCCAUUCUUCCAUCACAUUGUCCGGCUGCCAGGACCGCUGGGUUUUUGGCGCCUCACGGUCUAUUUCCCGAUCGAGAUGUACAUUAAGCAGAAGAAAAUACCCAAGUGGAGCACCAAGUGGGUGUGCCUCCAGAUUCUAAAUGUGGCUUGCCAUAUCAUCGCCAUCGCUGCCGCCGCUGGCUCGGUCGCAGGAGUUGUUAUCAACCUCAAAUCCUACAAGCCAUGCAGUUCCGACUACUAACUAUCAUGCUACCAGCAGGCAUGUCGCAAGUAAGGAAAGGACCGAGCGAUAUGAUGUAUAUCUAGGAACCAAUAUCAGUUGCCUCAAAGUUUUUAUGUCACUAAAAAAUCUAGAAACAAUAAGGUUUUAAUCUCUGAGUUUCCAUUGUAUAUGAUUUCAAUCUAUAAACACAAUUUGGUCUAAGUUCGGUUUGCAAUAGUUACAAUUUCAUUCUCAA